GAGUCUGGAUGUGGCACCAAGAUAACACCCUCCCAGCAACGCACUCACGAGGAGGACUCGCCACAGUGGGCGACAACAGAAAGCCUUCCAAGCUGCAGUCUUGAGAGCGCAAGUCUCUGAGAUGACUGGGAAGGCAAAGGCCUAUUUGAUAGACAAGCAGGCAAUCCGGCCAGAAACGCCGGGCCAGUGUUAAUCUGUCACCAAGAAAUGCCCGCAUUAAACCAGCACAUGUCUCUUACUUUUUACCAGACAAAGUCCCGUAGGUAUAAAGAACACAGAAGAGACUUCUGUAAAGAGCAGUUCCUUAUUAACCAAGGACUUCGUACGAAUGAGAAACCCUACAAGUGUAGGCAGUGUGGGAAGGCUUUUAAAUACGGCUUGUGGCUAAUCCAGCAUGAGAACAUUCAUUCGGGCAAGAAGCCUUAUGAAUGCAAAGAGUGUGGGAAGGCCUUCAAUUCUGGUUCUAAUUUCAUACAACACCAGAGAGUUCAUACAGGCGAGAAACCUUACGCGUGUAAAGACUGUGCUAAAGCCUUCAGUCGAAGGUCUUAGCUCAUCGAGCAUCAGAGAAUCCAUACUGGGGAGAAACCCUAUCAAUGUAAGGAGUGUGGCAAGGCUUUCAAUCGUAUCUCACAUCUCAAAGUACAUCACAGAAUCCAUAGUGGGGAAAGCCCUAUGUGUGUAAGAAAACUCUUUGAGUGCAGAGAGUGCGGGAAGGCUUUUAAUCACAGGUCCACUCUAAUCCGACACCAGAGAAUUCAUACGGGAAAGAAACUACAAGUCGCCUCCCUUACCAGACACUACUCAGAGAACCUGCUCUUUGGCCUCAAGCCCCGCCUCUUACCUCAUAUUCUGCUGAGGACCCGCCCUUCUCCACUGAGUCCCGCCCUCAAUCUAGAUUCUGAGAACCAGCCCCUUCUCCUAGCCGCGCCCUCACCUCAGACUGAGCGAAGAACCGCCCUACUCGCUAGCCCCACCCCUUACUUCGGAUUGCUGAGGACCCGCCCCUUCCCCCAAGCCCCGCCCUCACCUCGGGCCGCCCGUACCAACCCUACUGCCUAA